AAUCCUGCGAAGAUUGCAUUUGUAUAAUAAAUUGUUUUAGAACAUUGUGAAUCUAUCUAAUCGUAAAAAGAAGAAGAAGUGCAGAGCAAGUGCCUGUACAAGCGUACCUUAUAUUAUCACUGUGACCGAUGAACGCCUUCAAAUGACCGGGAAAACAAUUUGCUAUAUUCGCUCUAACGAAAACUGAAAAUUUUAUGCAAUGAGUGCAAAAGGUGUAACAACAAAAGCACUAGCGAAGAAACUAUCCCAAAAGGGCCGAGUUGUUCGAGGUGCUAAAGUUCAGGACAUCGAAGAUGCCGUAAAAUCACCAUUUUUCUCACCCGUCCAAACCAGACAWCAACGUAAAAACACCAAGAGCCAACUAAAAAGUUCGGAAGUGCCAGUCAAAUCGGAAAAAUCAACUUCCACCUCAGUGAUCAGAAAACCAAUUAAAGUAAAUGCUCUAACUAAUAGCAAUCAACUUCAAAGCGGUAAAAUUAAAGAAAAUGUCGCUGAAAUUAAAGAUGUGAAGUUGUAUUCGGAAGAAGCAAAUGCUAAAACGGAAAGUCAGMACAAAUGGGAACCGCAAAAUUGGCGUCUUAUUUUGGAAAAUAUUAGAGCUAUGCGUGCKGAUGCGGCAGCACCAGUAGACACAAUGGGAUGUCACAAAUGUUCCGAUGAUGAGGCAGAUGAAAAAACACAACGCUUCCAAAAGCUUGUGGCUCUUAUGCUUUCAAGUCAAACGAAAGAUGAAAUYACUUACGAAGCAAUGCGGCGGCUUAAAAGUAGUGGUUUAACACCACAAGCCAUGAUAGRCAUAGAAACAGGAAAACUUGAAGAACUAUUAAAACCAGUUUCAUUCUAUAAAAACAAAGCCAAAUAUUUGCAAUUAGCCUCGAGAGUGAUUGUAAAUAAAUACGACAGUGACAUUCCUGGCACUAGUAAAGAGCUCCAAACUUUGCCCGGUGUAGGACCAAAAAUGGCUCAUAUAUGCAUGGCAACGGCAUGGAAUCAAGUAACCGGUAUUGGCGUUGACGUGCAUGUACAUCGUAUAGCAAAUCGCCUUAAAUGGUUACCUAAACCUACAAAAGAACCUGAACAGACUCGUGAGGGACUGGAGUCGUGGCUUCCACGAGAMAUGUGGCAAGAUGUAAAUCAUUUGCUAGUUGGUUUUGGACAAACAGUUUGUAAAGCUUUGCGGCCGCAGUGUUCGGAAUGCUUAAAUCGUGAAAUAUGUCCAUCAUCAACGCAUAAAACUACAACUAAGAAAAAAAUCAAAACGGAAUCUGCAAAUAUUGCGACUAAAAUAUCAAAAUUGGAGAAUCCGUAAAUGUUUAAAGUGUAAAAAGUGCCAUAGAAUGGAAAGUAGGAUUAAAAUCAUAUAUUGUUUGGAAAACAUACUACUGCUUACURUAUAAUUAGAUAAAUAAAACAUUUAUAUAUUACACAGAAUCUA